AUGUCGUUCGACGAUCGCGAGUUCAUCAGUCAGAUAGCCCCGUCUACAAGCACAGCUGCCAAGGUGGAGGGCUGGGAGGAUAUCUCUUUGCCACCUGGCGAGGAGUCCAUGUUCCUCAGUCACGAAGGGGGCGAGAGCGAGCUGAUCAACAAUAUCUUCUUGGAAGACCAAUCAAGCAAGCGAAAGGACGGACGCGGCUGGCGCGAUCGAGUCCACAUCCGCAACCACGACUGGAUGGCCCAACGGGAGGAGCUUAUCCGCGCGUAUCUGGAGUACCGAGCUGGUAGGGAGCCAAUGGAGAGCGAGGAGCUGGAGCAGUGGGAAUUCGUCAUGGUGGACUUCUUUAGCAUGCGUUACCGGUCUAUUUGCCCUGCAGCGCCGACAGACCACAUCAACCCCACUCUCCUUCGUCACGGCUACAUCGGAUCGGCACCAUUGCGGCCAUCGGUCGCCGUGUCUCUCGAUGUUCUCGAGGCGUAUCGGCAGCAGCAUCGUGUGUGCCCGAGGUUCGGUCUUCAAGCACAGGUCAAGGCAUUGUGUUAUCUGCACCAGGUUCCUUUCAAUCGCUCUCUUGUCGAACAGUUGAACGUCGUGUUUGACGUCUACCUCGAGAUCUUGCACGGCGUCGACAUGCUUGUCAACAAUGCACUCGGCCGCAACACGCCCAACUGGCGCAUGCUCAAUGUGUGCGCCCCGUGUCUGUAUGCCCUCGAAGGAGAAGAAUCCCUGAAGCCGAAGCUCCUUGCAUGCAUGGAUGGCAACCAGUCGCUGAAGCUGGUUGACGAAACAUUCUGGGCUGGAACCGCACACCUUGAUCAUCGAACGGCGCGGACGGACAUAUGGAGAGCCUACUGA